AACGUCAAACAGACUGUCAUCGAGUUUUGUCAUCAUAUUUUUUGUGGAUGGAAAUAAAUUUAAUUUUUGGUUUUAGACGUAGAAAGGAAUAAUAAAUUUCAUUUAUUUCUACAUCUUCCGUUCAAAAUAUGACAUAGCACGUUUCUUUUAUAGUGUAUUGAUGCGUAGAUAUGCAACUUCUAUACACGCAAGUUUUAAAUAAUUAGUACGUAGAUCAAGUGCAGAAUGUGGUCGUUUUUCUCAAGAGAUCCUGCAAAGGAUUUCGCUUUCGACAUCGGAGAACCUGUACGUGGCUUAGAAGAUAGAUCAGUAUGGUCAAUGCACAAGGGUAAAAAGAGAAGCACUCAGGAGGAGGUGUCAAUAUUCUUGUUCGAUGUUCAGAAAAGUUCGGAGACGCAAUUUGACAUAGCUAAGGCCUCUCUUAAAAAACUAAAGACUAUGAGACACCCUAGCCUUUUACAUUAUUUAGAUAGUGUUGAAUCUGAGAAAUUUUUAUAUGUAGCUACAGAAUAUGUAGAGCCUUUAGCCACUCAUAUAGAGGAUAUGAAAUUACAAGGCCAACAAAGAGAGUUAUUCCUAGCGUGGGGUAUUUUUCAAAUUACUAGAGCAUUGUCAUUUCUCAACAACGAUGGCAACAUGAGGCACAACAAUGUAUGCUUAUACUCAGUGUUCGUCACACUGGCCGGUGAGUGGAAACUAGGGGGCUUUGAGUAUCUGACGUCACAGGGCCAGGAAGGCUCCAAUCCGAUACCGUUAAAAAUAAUGCCAUCUCUAGAAAUAUAUGAUCCUCCAGAGAAGAAGGAUCCAACCAAAUUGAAGGCAAUCACUAAGUGUUCUUCAGACAUGUGGGGCUUAGGGUGCCUAAUAUGGGAAGCCUUCAAUGGACCAUUAAAGAAUCAACCAGCGCUCAAGACUGUUGAUAACAUCCCCAAACAGCUAGGCACAUUGUACUGCGAGCUAGUCAGUGCUAACCCAGCCUCUAGACCGAAUCCAGCUGACAUUAUUACCAGAUGUCGCAAAAUGGGAGGCUAUUUCAAAAAUGACUUGAUUGAUUCAAUGCUGUUCUUAGAAGAAAUUCAAAUCAAAGAUAAGGCAGAGAAAGGGAAAUUCUUUUCAACUUUAACAUCCCAAUUGGAUAAUUUCCCAGAAGCUGUGUGUGUACACAAAAUCUUGCCAUCUUUGCUGACAGCAUUCAACUAUGGGGAUGCUGGUUCGGCCGUUUUGGCGCCUAUGUUUAAGUUAGGAAAACUGCUAGACGACGCUGACUAUCAGAAACAAAUUGUGCCAUGCGUAAUUAAGCUGUUCGCGUCCAACGACAGGACGACGAGGUCGCGACUGUUACAGCAGCUGGACCAGUUUAUAAUGCACCUUCAGAAUUCCACUGUGAGUAGUUCUUUUCGUCAAAUUACUUCAACAUUAGUAGAUAGAUACUCUUUCAUGCACAUCACACAAAACUACUAUAAUUUCCGCUCUAGUUAG